UUUACUGUGGUGACUUUUUUCUUUUUGCCACAAGUUUUCCACUCUGAAAGGAUGUUAGGGGUUUUGCUGCUUGCUUUCUCCUUGCUUACCAUUGCUCAUUCUGAGCUCUGCAAGCCAGAUGCACAGAAUGCUUUCAAAGUACGGCUUAGUAUCAAAACAGCUUUGGGAGAUAAUGCAUAUGCUUGGGAUGCAAGUGAAGAAUACCUGUUCAAGGCAAUGGUGGCUUUUGCAAUGCGAAGAUAUUCCAACAAAGAAACAACUCAAAUUUCCAAUGUGCUGCUUUGCAAUAUGACAGAGAGGGUGUCAUUUUGGUUUGUGGUCACAGACUCUGCCAAAAAUGUGACAACUGUUCCUGGAAGUGAAGUAGAGGCAGCCAUAAGGAUGAACAGAAACAGAAUCAACAGUGCCUUCCUACUGACAGACAGCACACUGCAGUUCUUGAAAAUUUCCUCCACUUUAUCACCACCCAUUGAACUCACUGUGCCUGUCUGGCUUAUCGUGUUCAGUGUUGUUCUUUGCCUCGUUGUGGCUGGAAUUCUUUUCCUUGUUGUGUCAGGAAUCCGACAACGCAAAAAAAAUAACAAUGAGUCUGCAGAGAUAGGUGAUUUAGAAGACAAAUGUGACACACCAGUGACAACAGAAAAUGGGAUUCCCUGCGAUAUACUGGAUUUAAAAGCAGGCCAGACUAAUGGAGUCUACGCAGCAGAUGAUGAACGGUUCACACCACUAUGAAAUGUCACAGUUUCUUUCUGGCUUCUUUGAGAGAGAUUGUGCUAUCUUUAUCUAGUCAUGACUGAUGAAUGUCAAACAUCAAGGCAAGAAAAAUAUGACUUGUCAGUUAUUUUCCCUUGAGAGAAACUUUCCUUGAUAAAACACAAACACACAAAUCUGUAUUACAAAGCUAAAGCAAAUGUGAGGACAUCCACUCAAUUGUUCAUUAAACAUUUUCAAGAA